UCAAUAUACCAUGUAUAAAGCUCAUGUGUACACUGUAACAUGGUAUGAGUUUAUGAAUGAAUUCAAACUGGUACACAAGAGACCGGUUACGGGAACCGGAAGUACAUCGGUGCUGUCAAACUUAUUCUUCCGGGUGGAAUACAAACUAUGCAGCGCCGCUGUUUUCAUCUAUUUGAACGUGACAGCAGAGUGUGAGCUGCCAUGUUUACCCCGCCGCGGGAAGGCGCGUACAGCAUGAUCGACAAGGCGAUGCGGAUGCGUCGGGAAGAGCAGGAGCGCCAGGUGGUUCUGGCCUGGGCCGUUCUCAACGUGUCCCUGGCCGGCAUGAUCUACACCGAAAUGUCUGGACAGCUGCUCAGCCGGUAUUACGACAUCAACUACUGGCCCAUUUGGUACAUUGAGAUGGCCCUGGCAUCUCUCUUCAGCCUCAAUGGUCUGUUCGACUUCUGGAAGUACUUCAAGUACACCAUGGUGCCGUCCACCAUUGAUGUCAGCCCCCAGCAACACCGCCUUCUGGGGUUAAGCAACUCUGGCAUCACGGCCUCCCCCAAACAGAAGCAGGAGAAGAAGGCGGACCCGGCGCCCGCCCAGUCGUACGCGCUGCAGGGCCAGAGCGUGCUGAGCUUCAGCCCGUCCCCCUCGUCCACCACCAGCCCCAAGUUCUCCCCCAGCUGCGUGACGGGGUACACCCCCAGCCCGCUGAGCGUCUCCUCCAGCCCGGGCCCCAGCCCCGGCGGCACGGGGCCGUUCAGCCUCCCCGCUUUGCCGGCCCAGCCCUACGGAAAGAUGCUGAGCUACAGCUCCUCCCCUGGCUCCAGCCCCUACCCCAGUAGCAUCGGGCCGGCGGAGGGCUCCAGCCUGCGCGCCCGCUACCGCAGCCCCCCCUCGGUGUUCAGCUCCCCGGGGGGGAAGGGCGGCGCGGAGGACUGCAUGGAGGACCAGAAGAGCCUGGAGCUCUUCCUGCGCUCGGAGGAGGAGAAGAGCCACCGCAGCCAGCUAGGGAGUCCGGAGGCCGUCUCCCCCGCCCACAGCCCCACCUUCUGGAACUACAACCGCACGGUGGGCGACUACGCCCAGAGCCUAAGGAAGUUCCAGUACCAGCCGGCCAUCCGCUCCCAGGUGCCGUCGGCCCACAAGGAUGACACGGACCUGGGCUCCAAGCAGGCUGCCGAGGAGGUGUGGGCCAGAAUCACCACCAGUCGACCCGUAGUGGACCGCAUUGACAGCUGGACCGCCAGGCUGAGGAACUGGAUCAAUGACACCAUCCUGGCCCCACUGGUGAAGGAGACGGACUCCAUCAACGGCCAGCUCCGGAGGAUCGGCUGCCCCGAGCUCCAGAUCGGAGAGGCCAGUAUAAGCAGCCUGAAACAGGCGGCCGUGGUCAAAGCCUCGGUCAUCCCCACACUGAACGCCAUCGUCCAGUAUUUGGACAUCUCCCCCAAUCAGGAAUACCUGGUGGAGAGAAUCAAGGAGCUGGCACACAGCGGCUGCAUGAGCUCAUACCGCUGGAACGGAGGCGGCAAUCUCAAGAGCCGCAAGUGGGACACCGACCUUCCUACCGACUGUGCUAUUCUCACCCAUGUGUUGUGCACGUAUCUGGACUCCCGGUUACCCCCUCACCCUAAAUACCCAGACGGGAAAACCUUCACCUCGCAGCACUUCAGCCACACUCCGGACAAACCCGACGUGACCAACGAGAACCUGUUCUGCAUCCACCAGAGCAGCGCCAACCCUCCCCACUACCAGCUCAUCUACCAGGGCCACGUGUACAGCCUGCCCAAGGGCAGGAACAACCUGUUCCACACGGUCCUCAUGUUCCUCUUCGUCAUCAAGACGAAGGAGUCAGGGAUGCUGGGGAGAGUGAAUCUCGGCCUAUCGGGCGUAAACAUCCUGUGGAUAUUUGAGGAUUGACGCCCUCCUCAGCUGGUUUUUCUCUGAAGAAUAUCAGACUUAAGGACUCUGGGAUUUGAGGGGGGAAACGUCACCAUUUUAAGGACACUCGAAGUCUAACACUCUCUCUAACUCCCGGAUCCCUGGUGGAAGAGAAUGGAGGCUCUUUCGACUGGAAGGGACUGUGAUGUGUUUCACAGUAAAACAAACUACAGUAACAAUGUCCUUAGCGGUGGAAGACGACAGCGCACCACUGACUCGCGGUUAGAACUCUGAGAAAAUGCUUUUGAAAUGAUCAUGAUGCACAUUUAUGUGUACUGUUGAUCCAACACAACAAAGUUUUGUUUGUGCAACUGGUUUUCUAAGUAUUUUCACGAAUUUACCAAAGUGGGAUUAAUGUAAAUAAUGUACUACUUUGUAAUUUGGUAGCUUGACAACAUCACGGGUUAUCCCCCUUGAAUGUAAAUAUGUGUUCUUUUUUUAAAGAUUGCGCUUCCUUUUUUAAAGCUUACUCCAGCUGGCAGGAUUUGUUUGUGUCUAUAACCGAUACUACAACUAUCUUCGUCCAGCGGUGUGGUUACGUAUGGUAACACAGCUGGUAACCCCCCUCACAGCUCUGUAGGCAUGGAGGUGCAUCGGCACAAAUGCUUAUUCUCCAUGUCUUUUCUAGGGCUCUUUCGCUGUAUUGCAGGUAAUAUCGCACCAAAAGAGGAAUAACUUGAUAAUUUGUCGGGGGGGGGGGGGGGGGGGGGGGGGGGGGGGCGGGCUCCAAGCAAGCGUCUACGUCAAAGACGGGGUCAGAUAUAUUUCCGUUGCAUCCCUUGGCUGACUCCUAUUUGGGUACCUCUGAAAACAUUUUACCAAGCAGCUGUCACUGUUUGCAUAAAAUUUGAAUUUCAUAUGCUUUUGUUUGUUUACCAUAAUGCCAUUUUAUAGUGUGCAAUAAAACGGUUUCCUUCCUA